UCUGAGAUUCACGUUUCUUACGGUGACCUCUGAGUGUCGCUGGAUUGAUGCACGCUUCUUAGCAUUAGCUUCAUUGAAACCUGAUAGGAAACCUCGGGCAUCAUAUAAAGUCACUUUCGGAUAAACCCUGUCCUCUAGCGAGUUUUGCGUGUUCGCACACAUCUGAUAGAUUCCAACAUAGCGGCUGGUUUAUAGACGGCAUGGCUACAAUCGAGGAGCUCUCUCCCGCGGGCCCGGUGUCUACCCGGCCCCCCGAGGACGAGAUUGACGACGAUGAAGAUGAAGAUCUGGAUGAAACCCUGAUGGAGAGGUUGUGGGGUCUGACAGAGAUGUUUCCUGACACAGUUCGCACAGCUGCUGAGCUGUCUGCCCAGUGCUCUGUCUCAUUAGCGAAGAAAUUCUAUAGUUUUUCCCGCUCUGCGCUUUGGGUGGGCACUACGUCCUUUAUGAUCCUCGUGCUCCCAGUGGUGUUUGAGACAGAAAGACUACAGCUGGAGCAGCAACAGUUACAACAGCAGAGACAGAUUCUGUUGGGUCCCAACACUGGAAUGUCUGGAGGAAUGCCGAGCAUGAUGCCUCCUGCACCUGGCAAGAUGUGAGGCACAAGAAGAGCUACCAUGGAGCUGACAUCUGCUGCUAGUGUUAUAGCUGGGCCGGUCGCAAGGACGGAUGGAGAGACAUGCGGGGGAACUGUGUUAGAACCGCACAAUUCUGGGCUCACUCAAACACAAAGGGUUGGCUUUUUGAAUCAAAGGAUGAGAAUGUGAUGCACCUUUUAACACUUCUCUCUCACUGUCUCUCCCACUUCCAACCUAAUGCAGAGACUGAUUUCCAGGAGUGAGCACUGCUUCUAUUUUCUCUCUUUUUUUUUAAAGUAAAUCCUUAUAUAAGUAUAAAUACUUUAUUUAGGAAACAGGCACAGUUUGAAAAAAAAAAAUGUGGAUCUUGAGAAUUCUUGGUGUCUGCAGUCUGAAGAGUAAUACACUUCUCGUUAGCAGUCUGAUCUGUAUUCAUAUACCUGCUGAUACCACUUAUGUGGAGUGGGUCACAAGUUCACACAUGGAUUCUACUGUUGACAGUAUUAAUUAAUAAGGCAGCAAUCUACAGAACCACCUUUUGAUGGUAACAAAACUAAAUUAAAUUAAUCCGCAUGUGUCUCACUGUACAUUCCUACAAUCCACUGUCAGGGUGAAAAACACCACUCACUCCAUCCCAGCAGUGCUUGAUGCAAUAAUGUUAUUGCUGUAGAACUCUACGUCUGCUUAGUAGUGCUUUACUGUUGACGGUUGGAGCAUAUGUAUUUUGUCUUGAAUGAUGGGGAACAUCAGAUCUUUGGAUGAAAGUGGUGUGUGUUGAUAAAAGUUUGACUCCAAAUGUCUCUUUUAUUUCAAUGUUGUCCCAAUGUCCAUUCUUGAAAGAAAUCCCAUGUUACUGUUUGUAUUCAGCAUGGCUGCAGUAAUUAAAACACCAAACCAAAUUGUAA